GCAGGUCCUGCAGCCCCAGGAGGUGAGAUCUGCAGGUUCCUUAGGUUCAGGACUCUCUUCUUUUUAAAGCUGAUGGUCCUUUCCAUCAAUGACCCACCAAGGAUGGAGAAGGACAGAAACCACAUGGCUUCAAGGAUAUUAGACCUCACCCUGGAGAUCAUCUCCUUGAUAACUGGAGAGGAUUACACAGUAGUGAAGAAGUCGUCUGGUGAGUGUGUGACACCCCGUGUGUUGGGAGGACGGAGCAGGACCCAGAACCCCAUCACCGAGCCUACACCUCAUUCCCUGAUACAUGAGCAGAAGAUCCUAGAACUUACCACCAGGAUCACUGAGCUGCUGAGCGGAGAGGUUCCUAUAAGGUGUCAGGAUGUCGCUGUCUAUUUCUCCAUGGAGGAGUGGGAGUAUUUAGAAGAACACAAGGAUCUGUACACGGACAUCAUGAUGGAGAAUCACCAGCCCCUCACAUCACCGGAUGGAUCCACUAAGAGAAAUCCACCACAGAGAUGUCCCAGUCCUCUCUAUUCCCAGGACUGUCCAGAGGAAAAGCAGAAAAUCCCACUGAAUCAUCAGGAAAGUUCAGAUGGAACGACGAGUGGACUUGAAAAACCUGUAUCAGCGUCUGUGAAUGGUGAAGACAGGAUGACAGUAUACCAUAAGCAUCUCCAUUUACCUUCCUAUCAUGAAGCAGAAGAUAACAAUACCACAGAAGAUGAUUGUAUAACUCCUAAUGUACCCUCAUUCCUUCACAGCGAAGAUCUCUCUUUCGAUACCGCUGGUCACAAGAAACCUUCAUCUAGACAAUCACUAAUUGGCAAAACAAGAACUAAUCAGAACCGUGGGAAACAUUUUAAAAGGAAAUCUAAUCUUUCCUUACAUGAGAAAAAUCACAGAGAUAAAAGGUCAUUUUCAUGCUCAGAAUGUGGAAAAUCUUUUACCAGGAAAUUCUUUUUGGAUGGACAUCAGAGAACUCACACAGGGGAGAGACCAUUUUUAUGUUCAGAAUGUGGGAAAUGUUUUAGUCACAAAUCAGAUCUUGUGUACCAUCUAAGAAUCCACUUAGGGGAAAAGUCAUUUUUGUGUUUAGAAUGUGGGAAAUGCUUUAGUCAGAAUUCAGAUCUUAAUAGACAUAAGAAAUCUCACACAGGGGAGAAGCCAUAUUUUUGUCCUGAAUGUGGGAAGUGUUUUAGUCAGAGUUCAGAUCUUCAUAGACAUCAGCGAGCUCACACAGGGGAGAAGCCAUAUUCAUGUCCUGAAUGUGGGAAAUGUUUUAGUCAGAAAUCACAUCUUGUGGAACAUCAGAGAACUCACACAGGGGUGAAACCAUUUAUGUGCCCAGAAUGUAGUAAAUAUUUUACUGUGAAAUCAGCUCUUGUAGAACAUCUGAGAACUCACACAGGGGAGAAGCCAUAUUCAUGUCCUGAAUGUGGAAAGUGUUUUAGUUACAAAUCAGCUGUUGUAGAACAUCUGAGAACUCACACAGGGGAGAAGCCAUAUUCAUGCCCUGAAUGUGGAAAGUGUUUUAGUCACAAAUCAAGUCUUACUACACAUGGGAGAACUCACACUGAAGAGAAGCCACUAUUGGUUAGAAGUACAGGACAUAAUGGAACUCAUACAUUCUUACUACAGAUGGCAGGAUCUCAGUCUGUGAAGCAAUUAUAGAUGCAAGCCAUGUCUUGUAAGGUCUGUG